GACCCGUCUCAGAGUCUUCGCUCCCCUGCCCUGCCAGCGGCCGCCGCGAGGGCUUUUUUGUGCCAGCCAGCCCAUUCAUUGUCUUGCACAACCAUCGUCAUUGCAUCCAGUUCCCAGCCUCGCUGCCCAUCCAUCACCUCGCCGCCCUCGUCCAUUUGUACAAUCUCCCCUCCAUCUGCAUCUGUCUUCUUCUAUGCGUUCAUAGCCAAACAGGCAUUGCCAUCCCUGCUUUUCCGCCCGUGCACACCCCAGACAAAGACCCCUCCGUCCCCAUCAUCGUCAUCCAUCUCACUUGGAGCCUCUGCUGCCCAAUCCAGAGCCAGCUUACUGAGCUGUUCGCCACGACCCGCGAAUCCCUUUCUCAGCACAUCGCGCGAAUCGUUCAGCUCAUCAACUCUUGAACGGCUGCUGGUACCCGUGGACCGCUCGUGGCUGCAGCAUCUUGGCUUCUCCGCAUCACCCAGCUGCGCGACAAACAUUCCAAAGGACGGACAAUGGCAGCCCCUCGAACGAAGCGGCAGUUCGCCGGUGCUGCCAGCGACCCCGCGCAGCGUCAGAUCACCGCCUUCUUCAACUCAUCCGCCACGUCAUCUGCAUCGUCGACUUCGCAUGUCGCCCAUUCUGUCGCUCAAUCAAACUCGCCCGCCUUGCCCGCAUCGGUCCAAUCCAACCUCAUCUCGGUCGGCAUGCGCGUGCGCAAGUCUGUGCCCGAGGGCUACAAGACGGGCACAUACAGCGCCUUCUCGCUCUGGGACGACGCCAACACCACCGCCUCCUCCUCAUUCUCCACAAAGAAGCAGAACGACUUCACCGGAGACUACACGGCCGCCAGCUCACCAGAGCGCAACCGGUCACGGGCAAACGCCUUUUCUACCCCACGCGAGCUGAUGCCGUUCUGCGGCAUCCACAGGGUCGGCGGGCUCGACGUCCAACCCGGCUGGGGCAGCAGCAGCUCGCACCCUCAAUCUCACGACAGCCCCCUGGACGACUUUGACGACCUCCCCGGCCUGACGAGUAGCCAGGAGUCCGCCGUCAACACCGACUCGUGGGCCGCCGCCGCCACCAACGACAUUGCCGAGACCAACAAUGCCCGCAAGCGCUUCUUCGUGGACGAGGAGGACGGAGUCAGCAGCAGCAGCAGCACAAGCACGAGGAGCCUGGCGCCCAUGGGCUGGGACAACGGGCGUCGUGUCAUCGCAGUGCCCAAGAAGAUGCGCUCGCGAGGCAAGCCGGCGCUGGCGGGUACACCUGAGCUAGCCGCUUCUUUCUUCGCUGGUCAUCGCGCGUCCAAGCUCGACCAGGAGAAUGUCAUGGUCAUGGACACCGAUUUCGAAGAGGCCGACUUCCUCGACCAGCAGAAGAGCUGGGAGGUGGCCAUGAGCGAUGCGUGAUGGAUUUGCGUGUGUGUGAAAGAGAGACAGAGCGGAGACCCGGGACGGCUGACGACAGAGGAUUGGAGCUCCAACACUAGGCGGAUUUGUCUGUUGUUGUAUGAUGAAGACACCUUGGGUUUUGACAAGGGGUACGUGUUUUGAGAUGAUACCACGGGACGGAUUUGAGAGGAUCGCGCGUUUCUGUUUUUGGCAAAUGGAACGAUCUCACAAAUUUAGAGGUCGCAAGGCGCAUGGCAUUUUCCUCGGGCGUUGUAGGAGCGUUUGUUUUAGAUCUAGCACAGUCACUUUUUCUCUUUCUGGAAUCAAUGUGGUUCUUGAUAACAAAA